AUGGCUGGCAACUUUUCGAGAAAGACCCGCCACCCAGAUCCUGACCAGUGGGCCAUAUCAAGACAGUGGUGGAACAGAUUACUCGAUGACGGCAUCAGGCUGGACCGUCCAAGUCUACAUCACAUCGACACAACUUUGAGUUGCCACUGGAAGCUGUGGUGGACAUAUGAGUACGAAGAUUAUGCAGGAGAGUUCUGGGACAUGGUCCAGGACGAGGCGAGCAAGGUACCUGGUGCCUGGGUCGAUGACUCUUGGGAUCCAGAUGACUAUGAUGAUGAGGAGUGGGACAGGUGGGAAGCAUGGGAAAAGGAGCAGCCCCCUCCGUUGAUUUGGUCCGAGUAUCGCAGAGUUCGGCCGCCAGUCUGA